AUGACUACUCAAGACGGUUGUCACUACCAUAUCAACCAAGGGUUGAUCCACGGAGUUCCCUCCCGGGCCAAGAUAUCGCCAGCCGAAAGGCUUGCCCCAGGCGAGCAAACUCUGGAUACAAUUGUGAUCGGUGCUGGCUAUGCUGGGCUGGUAGCCUCUCGCAACCUUGCCCUUCAAGGGAAGCAGGUUCUCCUCCUCGAGGCCAGAGACAGGAUUGGCGGACGCACGUUCACCAGCGACAUCGAUGGCUACGGCUACGAGAUGGGUGGGAAUUGGAUCCACUGGGGCCAGCCGCACGUCUAUGCCGAGGUGUCUCGGUAUUCUAUGGCCAACGAGCUCGUCUCGUCUCAAGAUUACUCGUAUGAAGAAGGCAAUUAUUGCUCGACUAUGAUCCACGACACCAAAGGGCAGCUGACGCACCAAGAAGAGGAGCAUAUCGGUGAGACUGCCAUGUCUAUCUUUUGCGAUGUUGACGGCCAAGGCGGCCGCAGGGUCGUGCCUUUCCCGCACAACUCGAGGUUCAAGGCCAAUGUGUUUGCGAAAUGGGAUAAGGUCUCUUGUCAAGAUCGUCUGGAUCAAAUCAAGAACAAGCUCUCUCCGCUACAACUUGCCUUCCUCACCUCGACCCUUAUGCACAUCUCCGGUGCCAACAACGAGGACGUGAGCGUCGCCGAAAUGCUUCGCUGGUGGGCACUGUGCGACUACCGCAACAGCGGCAUUACCGACUAUGGACUCUUGUACAAGCUCAAAUGCGGACAGACCGGCUUGGCCAAGGCCAUCUUCGACGAGGCCGUCCAGCUCGGAAACCUGCAGUACAAGUUCUCGGCUCCGGCGGCCAGCGUUCGAGACGAGGGGAGCAUCGUAGAAGUCACCACACGGGCCGGCCAGCGGUUUCGCGCCAAGACCAUGAUCAGCACAAUCCCGCUCAACGUUCUCUCCAGCAUCCGAUUCACGCCCCCGCUGCCUGCGGGCAAGGCCUUGGCUGCCCAGCAGGGGCACGUCAACAAGGCUACCAAGACGCACUUUGAAGUCAAGGGCACGGGUCUGCGAUCCUGGUCCGGCGUUGCCUACCCGAGCAAGGGCCAGAUGUACCUCUACGGAGAUGGGCUCACACCGGCUGGCGACACCCACAUUAUCGCCUUUGGCCCUGACCCAGGUCUUUUUGCCGGCAAGAAGAUCGACAAGAUCAAAGGUGCACUGACACAUGUCAAAGACGCCGAGAUCAAGCGCGUACAACUGAUCCAUCAUGGCUCCCGUGUCCAAGCCCAUGAGUACGAACUAAAGCAUGUCCAGAUUUUCCAUGACUGGAACCAGGAUGAGUUCUCAAAAGGUACUUGGGCAGUGUAUCCGCCCGAGUUUGCCACCAAGUAUUUGGACGAUCUUCAGCGGCCUGUGGGAAGAAUCCACUUCGCGAGCGCGGACUGGGCAGAGGGCUGGCGUGGAUUCAUCGACGGGGCUAUCGAACAGGGCGCUCGUGCCGCUCUUGCCGUGUCCAAGGAGCUAGUCACGCGUAGAUCUGUUCUGAAGACGUCGCACCUUUGACAGCUUGAACGUGAUCUGUAAGAGGCUGGAGUACUAUGUCGGCUAUUGGUUGGAACUCCUUGCUCUGGUGUCGAUGUGAGGAGAAAGCGGAUAAAAGCAGUAGCAUACCACAAUCAUCUCCGACCGAAUGAUCUUAUUCGUUUCCUCCUCUUAUAACGUGGAUACUUUUCACUCCGCUGUCUCAGUCUUCUCCCUAAGACUUGCUUAACAGCAUCAAAGAAUUUGAUGGCAGUGGCCGUGGCUGUGGAGGUCAGAGCCUGCGCUGGCAUCGCUUGGCAAGAAGACGUGGGUAUGUGAGAGAGAUCAAUGAUGCCCUCGUUCCUGCGAGAUCGGGUUCCGAGACUUCCAAGAAACUUCUUGUCUAUCGAAAGAAACCCUCCCAGGAGACGAAGCUGUCUUCCACUCUGAGCAAUCUGCUUGGUC